AACGUCGUGAUUUCAAGUGAAUAGAAUGUGUGAAUAAAUCUUGCUUCAAAAAGUGGUGAUACAAAAAUUAUGUUGUUUUAAAGAAAAGGAAAUUUUUCGAAAAUCGAGAAUUUAACCAAAGAAAAGUGAAGAUUAAUAUUUGCUUAUGCUGUUGUAUUAGGCAAAAGGUGGUUUUAAAACUCUUGCCAUAAGCAGAGCAACGAUAAGGGGCAUUAGCAUCUGUCCCCUAGUUGGUAUUUAAAAUAGUUUCGUUUGGCCUAUUUGAUUGAGUUUUUAUUUCUCGUGAAUUGUGAAAAGCAAACAGAAGACAUCAACCCAAGGCACUUGGAUACAAAAAUAAUACACACCAGGAAAUUUUAAUUGUAAUUUAUUUUAAAGCAUCCAGAUGCCAAGUGUAAAACAGCAACCACAUCUUAAUGAUGCUUUGUUGAAAAAAGUUCAUAAUGAAAAUCGCACUGGUCGAAAUUCAACAUCAGCGACAAAUGCAAAAUAUGAUCCAGAUGAGGAUCGUGGCAGAUGGGCGUCAAAAACGGAAUUUCUUCUUUCUUGUUUAGGAUAUGCCAUCGGUCUGGGCAAUGUAUGGCGCUUUCCAUAUUUAUGCUAUCGCAGUGGUGGUGGUGCUUUUCUAAUUCCAUACCUUUUAAUGUUAUUUCUCUGUGGUAUUCCGUUAUUCUUCAUGGAGAUUGUAAUGGGACAAUUUUCCAGUCUAGGCUUCAUGGGAAUUUUUCGUCUGUCGCCGUUGUUCAAAGGUGCUGGAUAUGCCAUUCUGAUAGUGAAUUUAAUCUGCACCAUAUAUUAUUCAAUCAUCAUAGCGUAUCCUUUAAUGUUUUUGAGACAUAUCUUUUCUGCUAAAUUGCCAUGGGAGUCUUGUGAGAAUGAAUGGAAUACAAAUCAUUGUAUUGAAGUUACGGAUAUGGCCAAACAUAAUUUUACAACAAGAGGUGAAUUUAGAACGCCAGCAGAUGAGUUUUUUCAUUUAGAAAUCCUUAAAAUAUCUGGCGGAAUACAUGAAAUCGGUACCGUACAGUGGUCAUUGUUUGCAGCUCUUGUUUUAUCUUGGAUAUUGGUCUAUAUUUCCAUUAUUAAGGGUAUUAAGACGGUUGGCAAGGUUGUAUACUUUACUGCAACAUUUCCAUUUGUUAUUCUGUUCAUUUUAUUCAUACGGGGUGUUACUUUACCCGGUGCUAUGAAGGGUAUACUGUUUUAUAUUAAACCAGAGUGGUCACGUUUAGCAGAUCUCAAAGUGUGGGCCGAUGCUGCUAUACAAAUUUUUUUCUCCCUUGGUCCUGGCUGGGGAGGCAUUGUCAACAUGGCAAGUUUUAAUAAUUUUCGCAAUAAUGCCAAAAGUGAUUCCAUUUUAGUACCAAUAAUCAAUUGUUCGACGAGCAUUUUCGCUGGAUUUGUGGUAUUUUCUGUAUUGGGAUUUUUAUCACACCAAACCGGCAUUCCAGUGGCAGAUGUUGCCACCUCAGGUCCAGGACUUGCAUUUGUAACAUAUCCUCAAGCCAUUGCUAUGCUGCCAUUCUCACAUAUAUGGGCUGGUUUAUUCUUUUGCAUGUUAUUCUUUCUCGGAUUGGAUUCUCUGUUUGUACAAAUCGAAUCAAUUGUUUCCUCAGUACUUGAUGAGAUACCGAAAGUAAGACCUUAUAAAUAUGCUGUGACAUUUAUCUCAUGCUUCUUCAUGUUUUUGGUGUCCAUAAUAUUUGCCACAAAUGGAGGCAUGUAUAUUGUCCAACUAUUGGAUUGGUACUCCGCCUCUGUAUCGGUGAUUUUGAUUUGCAUCAUUGAAGUGCUUAUUGUUGCCUGGAUUUAUGGUGUGGAUAAUUUUGUUGAUGAUAUAUAUUUUAUGCUUGGCAAGAAACCUGAAAGAAUAUGGCACUAUUGUUGGAAAUACGUUACGCCCCUCAUACUGGUGUUUAUUUUCUUUACUAGCAUUGUUUUUAAUCGCCCGGUACGAUAUAAUGAUCAAGUCUAUCCAGACUGGGCUGUAGCUUUGGGUUGGUGUAGUUGUGCCAUAUCCAUUAUUUGCAUUCCAUUGUAUAUGCUAUGGACCGUUUGUCAUCGUAAGGGCACUUUAAGGGAAAAUUUCACCGAUUCGCUGAAAACGAAAUUUUGGUUGCCUGCACAAGAUGAUUAUCGUAUGGCCUAUGCUGAGUUUAAGACAGCCCGUAAGCUGAUGGAUGAGUUAAGUGGGCGCAAUUUCGAAAAAGUCGAAAUGCUAAAGAAGGUAUAAGUUACGGCCAGUUGUUUGGUUUUUAGUAUAAUUUAAGAGAUUAACUUGUAAGAGUAAAGAUGUAUAGUUUUGGGCCAAAAUAAAGAAAUAAGAGUUCCUCGGGUAUUUUAA